AUGUUGACCACAGAGCCAUCCGGGACCACUGUCUUGGUAAACAAGUACAAGAAAAAAAUUAGAGCUGAAGAAAGAGCGUCAGGAAUAUCCCCAGAUGAGCCAAGUAAACUAGAUGAGCUAAUACAGCAAAUUAUUGCACUUGAAGAGAGUGCUCCCACAGAUACAUGUAGUAAGGAUAAAGCUGACAAAGCUAAAGCAGAGGAUGUAAGAAUGAAAGCUAUGGAAAGGCUUUCCCAAACCAAAAUGAGGGCGUCAGAGGAAGCCGAAGAGGGUGAGGACAAACCAAAACGAACAAGAAGAAAAACUGGAGAUGCCAUGGAGUUUCUAAAGGAAAGAGCACAGCAGAGUGCAGAAAUUAGAGAAAAGGAACUUGAGCUGGAAAAGGGAAGACAGGAACAACAACUUAAAGUCCAACAACAACAGGCUGAUAUGCUGAAGCUAAUGCACCAGCAACAACUGCAAAAUCAACAGCAACAGCAGCAGUUUCAGCAACAACAGCAACAGUUCCAGCAGCAACAAAUGCUCAUGAUGCAGCAGGUCAUGGGCGUCAUGAGUAAAAUGCUUAACAAGUAG